CGUAAACAAAACUGACACAUGUUUUGGGAAAGUUGAUUCUUGGAAAUUAAUGUGAAAGUAAUAAAUAUUUUUAUUUUGAAUUUAAACUGAAAUAUUCAGUUUUUCAUAUAAUGGCUUUGCAAUUGUUAAGAUUCUGCAAUAUAACAGCGCGGUCAUCAGUUUCAUUGGGAUAUAGUUUUACUCAUCAUAAUUUGAUUAGAUCAUAUGUUUCUAAACAUCUUUUUUUAAAAGAAAAAUGUAAGGUAUUUAGUAAGGGCAAUGGAUUAUUUAGAGGUAGCACAACAUUUAUUUCUGCUCAACCAAUUACAAAAAUUCCUUCAAAAUCUUCAAAAUUGAUUGGAGUUUGGCUUCUUACUUGUAGUGGAAUGGUAUUUACUACUGUGAUAAUUGGUGGAGUUACAAGGUUGACAAAAUCUGGUCUGUCUAUAGUGGAUUGGCAUCUUUUUAAAGAAUUUCCUCCAUUAACGAAAGUACAAUGGGAAGAAGAAUUCAAAAAAUAUCAACAGUAUCCUGAGUAUAAAAUUACAAAUAAGGAUAUGACUUUAGAAGAAUUUAAAUGGAUCUGGUAUAUGGAAUAUGUUCAUCGAAUGAUUGGCAGAACGGUGGGAGCUAUUUAUUUUUUGCCUGCAGCAUUUUUCUGGUAUAAAGGAUGGUUCAAUAAAGGAAUGAAAAUUCGAGCAGUUGCUUUUGGUUCUCUUCUCUUGUUUCAGGGAUUAUUAGGUUGGUAUAUGGUUAAAAGUGGACUUGAAGAAAAGCCAGAAUCUGAUGCAGUUCCUAGAGUUAGUCAAUAUAGAUUAGCAGCACAUCUUGGAACAGCUUUUGUCUUGUAUACACUUAUGCUAUGGUCUGGAUUGAACCAUAUUUUACCACCUCAGCAGGUACCAGUAUCUGCUAAAUUAAGGACUUUUUGGAAAUGUGCUCAUGCCACAAAAUCUGUGAUAUUUUUAACUGCACUUUCAGGUGCUUUUGUUGCUGGUUUGGAAGCAGGACUUGUUUACAAUUCUUUUCCCAAAAUGGCAGAUAAGUGGAUACCGAGUGAUCUUUUAGCAUUUUCACCUCGUUUAAAAAAUUUUACAGAAAAUCCUACAACUGUUCAAUUUGAUCACAGGAUAUUGGGAGAGACUGUAUUUUGUGCAGUGACUGGAAUGUGGAUAUUUUCAAGAAAAGUAGUUCUUCCAUCUCGUGCCAGACUUGCUGUAAACUGUCUUUUUGCUAUUGGUUUAUUACAGGUAAGUUUAGGUAUUGCCACCCUUUUGCUGUAUGUUCCAAAACCACUUGCAGCAACACAUCAAGCUGGAGCAUUAACACUGCUUUCAAUAGCUGUCUGGCUUACUCAUGAACUGAAAUUCCUUAGACAUAUUCCAAAAUAAAUUUAGAAAAUUUUAUUCAGAUAACUUUUAACUUAUGAAGCAAUCAAAUUUGAUAAUUUUGGAAUUAUCUAAAAUAAACAUUAACUGUUCAUAUAUUGUUU